ACAGUGCGUAACGUGUAAACGGUACUUAAGCAUAUGACAGCUUCAAACCGUCUCACUACACCGAAAGCUACAACCUGUUUUGCUUUGCAGAAGAAACAGCGAGAGCUUCUGUUGUAUGUUGCCUUUCUCCGAACGGAACGGUCGUGGUUCCACGGCAGGCUACUCUGUGUAUUGUUGUGCACUGUUUCUAUUUGCACACCAAAAUAGGCUUUGGUUGCAAAAGUUGCGAUAAGGCAAGUGAUUUGGCUCGAAAGUGAUUUAGAAACACGCGCUAACAAAAGGAUUGAUUGUAUAAAGAACGCAAACUUACAGUGAGACGUAUAGAGAGCACCAGAACCCAUCGGUCCGAGGUUCCAAUAAAAGACGUGUGCAAGUGUGUAUAUGCUUUUGAUGAUCCUUAAUCACAGUUAAUAAGCCUUACAAAAGCCCGUUCCACUCUGGCGAGAUUAGUGAAUAGUCGAUGUGCAACGGCAGUGUUUGUAGUGGUGUGUGAAGCAGUGUAAAACAGUGAAACAAUAUGCAACGUCCACAAGUGUUACGGUUCGGUCGCUUCCAUAUGGCAGCAGAAACAGCAUCCGAUAGCAGCGAAAACAUCUUCACCUCCAGCAGUAGAAGCGACGGCGGUAGUAGCAGUAGUAAAAUGUGCAAUCUUCAGCAUGCGUCGAUAUGGUGGUUGGUGGCGAUUUGGACGCUUUUGUUGGCCCUUGGUUUACCCCCAUCGGUCUGUGGGCUUCCCGAGGGUGGAGCUGAUGGGAGUUACCCGGUCGGCAAGUUCCCGUUCCUGAUGCCGAAGGUCGUCCCGUACAAGCCCGAACUCUACCUCUGCACACCGGUAAAGGUGGACUACACGAAGAGCUACUACAUCGUGGGCUUCGAACCGAACGCCACGAUGGCCACCGCCCACCAUAUGCUGCUGUAUGGCUGUGGAGAACCCGGUUCCGAAUCGGCCGUAUGGAACUGUGGAGAGAUGGCGGGAGGCAGUGAGGAAAGUGGCAGUCCCUGUGGCAGUGGCGCACCAUCACAGAUUAUUUACGCGUGGGCCCGUGACGCACCGAAGCUGGAGCUGCCGGAAGGAGUUGGAUUUAAGGUCGGCAAGGACUCACCGAUUCAGUACAUCGUGCUCCAAGUCCACUACGCUCAUAUCGAUAAGUUCAAAGAUGGAACCACGUACGACGACUCGGGCAUAUUCAUACACUACACGACCAAACCAUUGUCGAAGCAGGCAGGUGUAAUACUGCUCGGUACGGCCGGCUACAUCCCACCGAUGGCAACCGAGCACAUGGAAACGCUCUGUGACAUCCAGGAGGAGAAGGUGAUCUAUCCGUUCGCGUACCGUACGCACACGCACAGUUUGGGCCGAAUGGUGUCGGGCUACCGGAUUCGGAAGGAUGAUUCCGGCGCUGACCAGUGGACGCUGCUUGGUAAGCGGGAUCCACUGACGCCACAGAUGUUCUACCCGGUGGAAAGUCGCGAUCCGAUACGCAAGAAUGACCGUCUCGCUGCCCGCUGCACCAUGGAAAGUAAUCGGACGCGUAUCACGAAAAUUGGUGCCACCAACGAGGAUGAAAUGUGCAACUUCUAUCUGAUGUACUACGUGGAGAAUGCCGAACCACUGCAGAUGAAGUACUGUUUUAGCAACGGGCCACCACUCUUCCGCUGGAGUAACCGUGAAACGGAAUUAAAUCACAUUCCCGAUUACGAUGCCAGCCAUCUGUAGGCUGGUGUGUGGGUAGUUAUCGCGGAUGCCGAUAAUAAUGACCGCGCACACACGCACACACAUUCACGCAACAUGUCGAUUGGUGUUGGGCAAAGGAUCAGAGGGGUUUUCCCGCUCGAUUAGCCCACUUAAGUGGUGCUGCUAUCGUUGCUGCUGCUGCUGCUGCUGCUGAUCGUGAUGCGCUGUAACUCAACACCCACACAUUACUCCUUCUCUCACACCCUCCCCCUUCAUCCCUGUUGCCUCUCUUUCCAUCUUUGGCACACACACACAUAUACAUAUUUUACAGUCUAACCGAUUGGUACACUAUCCGAGCGAGCUAUUUCAAGGACGACCACUUCAAAGUACGAAUUUUCAUAUCACACAAUUUUAAAACGGACGAGCAACGGGUGUCAAAAAGGCAUGCAUAAUUACUCCAAUUAUCCUAUAAAUUAUCGGGACCCUUCCUCCAUCCCACGCGGUUGACGGUAAAGUCGUCUACAAUUCUAAUUAUUUCAUAUUAGAAAACGUUGGAUUCGGUGUAAAAACAAAGGUUACAGCCACUCAGCGGACAAGGAUGGGAAGCUUUCAUUCUAGUCAUAUGGGAGUUUUGUUUCAUACGUCCUUUGCUUCGUAUACUAUUUUAUAACACUCUACGGUGCAGUUAGUUUUCCGGUAAUGAGUCUAGGAAGGCGAUAGGAGGUCAGAUAAAGAGACUUUAAUAUGGAAUCGAUGGUACAAGAAGGUAAGAAGUCGGAAGGUUACUUAAUCGCGACCGAACGUGACAAAUGGUAUAUUUUUCAAUCGUUCUAUACAAUAGAAAAUUGUUAAAUUUUAUGCACAGAUGUUAGCUGGUGUCGUGAAUUCGUGAACAUCAUGGGUGUGAAUCUUGUUGAUGGGAUAAAUGAUUUAAAAGUGAUGUGAUUUAGUAGCAUUGGAAGAGAAUGGAUUUAGUAGAAUGAACCAGAAUGGCAUCUAUACGCUGGACAAUGCAAAGCAAAUGUCCUGCUCUGAUUCUGGAUGCGUGUUAGUACAUUAAGAUAGAAACAGACAGACUACUUAACUCUUACCGUUCAAUCGAUUUCAGUUGCUAAUUUUUGUUUUAGCUUUACCACAAAAGCACAGUAACAGUGAUGAGAAUUCAUACGUUUCCUCUAAAAUGGUCUAAAAAGGUUACAUCCAGUAAAGAUUUACAGUUGCAUUUAACUAGUUUCAAUAUGCCAUAGUCCCCUUACAAAGAGUUUUUUGUUUCGCUUUUAAACUCAUGAAAUCUUCACUUUGUCGCGAAACGUGGGAAAUUUUGAAUAACAAGCAUUUCAUGUUACAUUUUACCGUAGGUGAGUGACCCCCACAAAACACUUCAUUUUAAGCUUUUAAUUUACCACAACGUAUGUAUCACAUACAGAUAAAACUGAAUCAUUAUAGGAUGUUGUUUGUUUUGUAGAUAUUUAUAACAUUAUUAAACAAUGUGUAAAGACUAUAAGCGAAGAUAAAGCGUGAGAUAAAGCGCGGCACUAUAUGAAGCCGGCUAGAAAAGCAGCUACCCUCAAGUACGAUAAAUGUCUGCGGUGGAGAUAAAACCAAUUUGAAACAGUGUCGUUAAUGUCGUACUGCUGCCAUCCUCAGGCACCAUGCGCACAGGCAAAUCAUGAAACAUAAAGACUUUCUUAGAUGCAAAUUGUUGCGAUCACAAACAUACACGAACACACACGCACAUGAACGAGAGAGAGAGAGAGAGAGCGCGCGCUGAAACGGCGACAAAUGGUACAAUCCUUGGCGUUUGAUUUGAGCAUAUUAUAUAAUAAUACGAUACAAACGAUAGAACCACCUGGCAACACCGUACAGCAAAAUUAUGUAUAGAUAAUAUGUGUCUAUAUGACAUAGAUACGACGGUGGAUUUGUGGAAUAGAACAUAAUAGUGAGAAAAGCAAAUACAAUUAUACACUGGCGCAAAAAUAGACACUACACCAACACACAGACACACAAUUGGGUAGGAAGAAAGGACAUAUUAUAUAUACACCGAAAACACUAAACAAGGUACCGUAAAAAAAAUAUAUAUACAUAACUAAUAUAUAAUUAUACAUUCAUGUCAGAAGGAACUCCCAUUUUAUGAAAAUACGAAGCAGCCGUGUAGGAGAAUAAGGGAAUUGUAACUAAUGCUUAGCUAAACGUAUGCAACCAUACACGUCUUACAAUUCCCGCCAAUCAAAAGACCCAUAUCCUGAAACAUCUAUAGCUGUGAAUGUUGUUUUCCUCUAAUCUCAAUGAGUUAGCAAAAUGUUACGUUUUGUUUUGUUAAGUCUAUCUCCGACAGAUAUCUUAGUAGUUUAGUAUGAUUUUGAACUUAAUUCUACGCUCAGUUGACAAAACUAAUUGAUGCACACAUUUAUGAGCAAAGGUAGAGCUGCAGUCAAUAAUAAUUAUCUUGGCGCGACAUACGUGGAGCAGACGCAAAGCAGUAGUAACUCCACAUUGGAAAUAUGUCGCCUGUACAGCGCAGUAAUCUCUAACGUAUGUGAAUCAUUAAAGCAUUAUUGCACAGUAAACAGGAAGAGAUACAUAAUAUUCAUAUUCAUAGAAA